UAAUAAUAAUAAUGCGAAUUGGCUGUGACUAAAAUCGAUGGAAUUUUGAAGAUUAAUCUUUUUUUAUUCUUUUCCCUUUCUUUUCUUUCUCAUUUUCUUUGUAUAAUUUGAAGAAGGAAUAUAAGACGAGAUUAUAAUGAGGGUCUUCAGUAUGUGCAGAAGAAAUAUGGGGAUCUUGUUCCUCCUCUUCGGCAUCUUCGGCUACCUCUUCGUCGGUUCUCAGGUCGCAGAAACAAUCGGGGAGGGCCAGAGCGAGCGCGGAAGCCCAGAGGAACCCUCAGACUCGGCCAAGAGACGGGUCGAGAAAAGCAGCAUAGAGAGCGAAGAGCGGCCGCAGAGAAACCAGUCAGAAGUCCCUCAGCAGGAAGCCAAGUCAGCAGAAGGCGAGGAAGGCGGACCCGAAGGGGAGGACUAUGCCGUCCUCGAACCGCCGGAGGAAGUCGCCUCGAGAGCUGAGGUCCCCGCGAAGGUCGGCGACGUCCCCCUCGGAGCCCCCCGGCGGAAGGUGUACGGCGCUCCGAGUCGUGACUACGAGGAGAAGAUGAUCAAGGCCCUCGUCAAGGAGGCUUACAUGAAGGUCACCGGGGAAGGCGGAGACGAGGAGCUGCAGCAGGCCCCCGCGUACACCCUGAAGGUCGAGCCGUCCAGCCGGAACGUGACGCCGGCCGACUCGCAGCUCGUCUUCUUCUCCGCCGUCCCCAAGUGCGGCUCCUCGACGACGGGUCAUCUCUUUAAGAAGCUGAGUGUCCUCAACAACUACUACUCGCUGACUCCCCAGCAGAGGAUCCAACCGGUCAUCGACGAGGAGCAACAGAAAACCCUUUUGGAAAACCUCUUCAGUCUGUCCGAGAAAGUCCCAGUUGCCUACACUCGCCAUCUGUAUUAUUUUAACACCACAAGACUAGGCUUCCCCCGGGCUGCCUGGGUGGCGAUCGUCAGGCACCCUGUGGAACGCCUCAUCAGCCAGUUCUAUUACGCCAGAAUCCCUUCUCGUUACUUGGAAAAUAAGCUCCUGCAGGGGAGGAUGCCGAGCGCGGAGUUCAUGAACAUGACCCUGGACACGUGCGUCCCCCAGCGAGACCCCCGCUGCUGGUACAGGGAAGGUUCUCGCCAGAUGCUCCAGCUCUCCUUCUUCUGCGCCAGGACUCCUACUGCACGACCGUGGGCAGCCGGAGGGCGCUGCAAAUGGCCAAGUACAAUGCGGAGAACUUCUACAGCGCAGUCGGAGUCCUGGAGGAUCUCCAUCUCUCCUACAGGGUCUUCGAGAAGUACCUGCCGCGUUUCUUCGCUCGCGCCUCCGUCAGCGAUAUUGGGAACAGGAAGGGUCCGUUUCAACAGCCAGGAGAACAAGCCGUCUGUCAGGAACUCGACCCGCCUCAUGAUGGAGAGUUACCUGAAGGAGGACCUCGACCUCUACCACUUCCUGAAGCAGAGACUCCACCUUCAGGCCCAAGCUCUUGAGAGUGGAAAAAUAGACACAUAUGACAAUUAAUUCUU